GACAUUCACACCCCACACCUCACCUCACCACCACCACUCCGCCACCGCUACAACCGUCUCCUCUGCUCUGGAAAACGCGUCACACCGCUCGCAUUCCCUAACCUCGGAUCCCAAUCCGAUCGCAGAUUCGCUGCUGCCUGCAAUGGACAAAAGGAGUUGGCCCUGGAAGAAAAAAUCAUCCGAUAAGCUAGCAGCUGAGAAAGCAAAUGUUUCAGGAUCAGACUCUUGUGCCACUGAUUCAGAUGGAAAGUUGGAUAAUAACAAUAAACAGCCCAAGUAUGUUCAAAUCUCAAUUGAAUCGUAUACGCAUCUUACUGGACUUGAGAAUCGUGUGAAAUCCUAUGAAGAUCAAGUGCAUAACUUGGAGGAUGAAAUAAAAGAACUCAAUGAAAAGCUAUCUGAAGCGCAUUUAGAAAUGAUUAAUAAAGAAAACCUGGUGAAACAGCAUGCUAAAGUUGCUGAAGAAGCUGUCUCAGGAUGGGAAAAGGCUGAUGCAGAAGCGGCGGCAUUGAAAAAUAAUGUGGAGUCUGUCACACUACUAAAGCUUACUGCUGAAGAUCGGGCGGCCCAUUUGGAUUCUGCUCUCAAGGAACACAUGAGGCAGAUACGAAAUUUGAAGGAAGACCAUGAGCUAAAGUACCAGGAAGUUAUUCUUAGCAAGAAUAAAAUAUUUGACAAGAUGAAGCAUGAGCUUGAAACUCGAAUCGCAAAGUUUGAACAACAAUUACUGAGGUCUGCUGCUGACAAUGCUGCACUAUCAAGAACUUUGCAGGAACGCUCCAACAUGCUGUUCCAGCUCAGUGAGGAUAAAUCACAAGCUCAAGCUGAGAUAGAACGUUUGAGGAGCAACAUUGAGUCCUGUGAAAAAGAAGUGAACUCAUUAAAAUAUGAGGUUCACAUUGCUAAGAAAGAAGUGGAAAUCCGCAAUGAGGAAAAGAACAUGAGUAUGCGGUCAGCAGACGUGGCAAAUAAGCAGCAUCUUGAGGGAGUAAAGAAAAUUGCCAAGCUUGAAGCUGAGUGUCAAAGGUUACGGGGGCUUGUUCGCAAGAAACUGCCUGGUCCAGCUGCACUGGCACAAAUGAAACUUGAAGUUGAAAAUAUGGGACGCGACUAUGGAGAAUCCCGUGUACGGAGGUCCACAGCGAGGUCUCCAACAGCAAACUUGUCACAGCUGCCUGACUUUACACUUGACAAUUUGCUGAAGUGCCAGAAAGAGAACGAGCUACUAGCAGAACGUCUACUGUCAAUGGAUGAAGAAACAAAGAUGUUGAAAGAAGCAUUAACAAAGCGUAAUGGUGAAUUGCAAAGUUGUAGAAGUAUAUAUGCACAGACAGCUAGCAAGCUUCAAAGUUUAGAAUCACAUUUACAAGCUAAUGGUGAAUGGAGAAGUCCUGUAACUCAUGGUUCAGUAUCUGUUGAAGGUUUCUCUAGUCGCAAGGCUAGCAAUCCACCAAGUUUUGCCUCAGUGUCUGAAUGCGGAAAUGAUGAUAAUGUAAGUUAUGCUGGUUCGUGUGCUACAUUAUCUAUGUCUGACCUCUCCAGCGUCCAGAAGGACAAGAACACUGACACCCCUCGGAAAUCUGAAAACACCAAAAACCUCGACCUAAUGGAUGACUUUCUGGAGAUGGAGAAAUUAGCAUACCAAUCCCAUGGAUCACAUGAAACUGUAUCAAGUCCAGAUGUUUCUGGUGAUACAGGCAGUACAUGUCCCGAACAAGCAAAACUUGUAGGUUCUCCAUCUAAAGACGGACUUGCAUCUGAGUAUCAAGUGCUCUCGAAAGUAGAUUCAGCUGUUGCAGAUCCUCAACUGCAAGCUGAUCAACCUUUCUUUGCGAAGCUCAAAGCAGAAUUAUCCAGAGUGAUUGAGUCAAUGUCUGAGGGGAAUGAUAUGGAAAAGGUUAUAGUUGAUAUUAGACACAUUAUGCAGGAUGUGUUUGAUACUUCAAAGCACCAGUUACAGAAUGAUGUUGACGCAGUUCCUGAUUUUGGUACAGAAAGUAUUGCUGAUGGUGCCCAGAUAACAUCCACAAAUGGUACAACAUUGUCUGGAAAUGUUAACAGUAUUGACAAUGUGCAAUUCAAUCAAGAACUCAAAAUAGCCAUCUCGGACAUUCAUAGUUUUAUUAUGAUUCUUGGUAAAGAGGCCAAGGUUGUCCCAGGUGCAUCCCCUGAUGGAGAGGGGCUAUCUGAAAGCCUCAACAAGUUUUCCGCCAGAUAUACUGAAUCUGAGAGUGGGAUUAAUCUUUUUGAUUUUGUUCUUGACAUAUCUUAUGUGUUGCGAGAAGCAAGCAAGCUGCACUUCAAUGUACUGGGGAUUAAGAGUUCUGAAGUUGAAACCAGUAGUUCUGAUUGUAUAGACAAGAUUGCACUACCAGAGAAUAAGGGUGUGGUGGACUCAUCAGGGGAGAUGUAUCGGAAUGGUUGCUCCCACUUUUCUGAUUCUGUCUCCGAUCCUGAUACUCCAAGCGCUGGAAAUCUUGUUCCAACCUCUGAAUCAGCCGCCUCACGGAAAUGCUCACCGGAGGAGUUUGACGAAUUGAAAAUGGAUAAGGAUAAUUUGGCGGUGGAACUUGCUAGAUGCAUGGAAAAGUAUGAAAGCACGAAGAUUCAGUUGCUGGAAACAGAACAGCAGCUUGCUGAUGCCAAGUCGCAAUUAACUUCAGUACAAAAAGGCAACAGCUUGGCAGAGACACAACUCAAAUGCAUGACAGAAUCCUACAAAUCACUCGAAACAAGGGCAGAGGGAUUACAAACCGAAGUUAAACUUCUUGAAGGGAAAAUUGGAAAUUUGGACCUCGAGCUGCAAGAGGAAAGAAGAAGUCAUCAAAAUGCACUGAACAGAUGCAAUGAUCUCUUAGACCAGCUCCAAAGGAUUGAAACUCAUGGAGUAGCUGGCAAUGAUGAAAAGUCUAGCCAGGAAAAAGACUUGGCUGCAGCAGCUGAAAAGCUGGCGGAGUGUCAAGAAACCAUAUAUCUUCUUGGUAAGCAGUUGAAAGCUUUGCAUCCUCAGUCAGAUUCUCUCAGUUUUCCAACCAGGAGCAGGAGUCAAAAGAUGGAGGCUUCGAUCGAGGGAGAACCAAUAACGAAUGACAUAGUGUUCCCAGACCAUAAUGCAUACGGAAUGGAUAACGCACGCUUGUUCUAUCUGAACAGGGCAGGCUCAGAAUCCCCCUCGGAUAUAUUUGAGGCCGAGUUCAGUCCAUCCGACUCCGAAGCAAACAACCCACAGAGAUCCCCAGCAGGACCAAACCAUCAGAAACACCGCCCUACAAAGUCGAGCUCCUCGUCGGCUUCUUCUACACCUACACCAUUACAGAUGGUCUAA